GGUGCCCCUCGCCGAUGUGCCCGGCCUCUGCCCGCCAUGCCGCCCGUCUCGGCCUUCCAGGCCGCCUACAUCAGCAUCGAGGUGCUCAUCGCCCUGGUGUCUGUGCCGGGGAAUGUGCUGGUGAUCUGGGCCGUGCGUGUGAACCAGGCGCUGCGGGACGCCACCUUCUGCUUCAUCGCCUCGCUGGCCGUGGCUGACGUGGCCGUGGGCGCCCUGGUCAUCCCGCUGGCCAUCCUCAUCAACAUCGGGCCACAGACCUACUUCCACACCUGCCUCAUGGUCGCCUGCCCCGUGCUCGUCCUCACCCAGAGCUCCAUCCUGGCCCUGCUGGCCAUCGCCGUGGACCGCUACCUGCGCGUCAAGAUCCCGCUCCGGUACAAGACGGUGGUGACGCCCCGCAGGGCCGCGGUGGCCAUCGCCGGCUGCUGGAUCCUCUCCCUCGGGGGGGGCCUGACGCCCAUGUUUGGCUGGAACAACCUGGGUGCGGUGCAGCGGGCCUGGGCGGCCAACGGCAGCGCCGGGGAGCCCGUGAUCAAGUGCGAGUUUGAGAAGGUCAUCAGCAUGGAGUACAUGGUCUACUUCAACUUCUUCGUCUGGGUGCUGCCGCCGCUGCUGGUGCUGGUGCUUCCGCGCUGGUGUCGUGGUCGCCGCUGCC